AACACCCUAAUUUAAAUAAUACAUAAAAUACUAACACAAUAAAUAAUUAAAAUAAAAAUCUUAACCCACCACUACUAGCCUACUACCAGAAAAACACUGCAUUUACCCCAUUUCAUGAGGGACGUGUCCCUCUGUUUAUUUCUCUAUCUGUAAGUUGUAAGUUUGUAACCACCCACCAACUCUUAUAUAACUUCCCCUUAACUUUCCUGAUCAUUUCACCAUCUUCCAUAUUUUCCUUUCGUUUUCUCAAGCUGUUCAUCUCUCACUCGAGCCCUAUUAUUGGGGAAGAAGAAACAUAUGUACUUUUUUUAGACUGGCCAUAGCAUCUUUUAUAUUAUUCAAAACAUGGUUUGCAUGGAAAGUUUGCUUUGUGAUGAGGUAUGCCCUUCAAGCCCCCCUGCAGUGACUACUGAGCCUUUCGGUCGCAGUAACUUUGGAUCCUCAAUGUAUACAACUAAGGAAGAGUAUGAGCAGGCUCUUACCAUAUGCAUGGAGAAGGAGAUCAGCUACAUGCCUGAACCUAAUUAUCUAGGGAACCUAUCUUCCAAUAAUUUGGUCAUUGCUAGGUUAAAAUGCAUUCAGUGGGUCAUCAAGUCUGCAGGUCGGUUGAACCUCUCCCUUGGAACCGUUUUCUAUGCUGCAAAUUACCUUGAUCGGUUCAUAUCCAUGAACCAUUGCACUGGAUGGAAAUAUUGGAUGGUUGAAUUGGUGUCUGUUGCCUGCUUAUCUAUUGCCUCCAAGUUCAGUGAUACCUGCAAUCCUUCCCUGCUUGAACUUCAGAUGGAAGAUCUGGACCAUUCAUUUGAGCCAAGCACAAUCCAACGAAUGGAAAUGAUGGUGCUAAAUGCAUUAGGAUGGCGCCUUGCGUCUACAACAACUUACUCUUACUUAGAACUGUUGGAAUGGAUUCUGGACUCCUUGAAGCCCCAACUUCAUGAAAAGCUCAUAGGCCGACUUAACAAAUUGCUUCUUGGAGCUAUUUCAGUUGUAGUGUAUACCCCUGUUGAAUAG